CACAUUCAUCAAAUAAUAUGAAAAACAAUGGACUUUUAAUGAAUUGAAUUAGACGUAUCAUUAAUCAUUUAACCCUCUUUUUUAAUAAGAAAUCAUCUUGAAAUGCAGAUUCUUGUCAAAUGUAUGUCAUUGUUGUUGUGAGAAAGCAAUGUCACAAGAUGUUUAAAGUGGAAAAACAUACCCACACACCACCUACAAAUGUCUGACUUUUUUUUCAAAUGUCAUAAAGCUUAAAUAAUGAAACAUCCCCCUAGCAUUAAAAAAGCGAUGUCUUGCAAACAUUUAAAAGCCUUUAUAAGCUCAAGACCCUCAAAAAAUGUGAGUUCGUUAUAAACUCAACCUUUGAAAUCACAAUCUGCCCUAAUUCUAUGAUUCUCUUUCUGGUUGCAAUAGAUUUUUCUUUUCUUUUUUCUCACUCUCUCUCUCUUUUUCACAGAAUGAUAAUGAAGAGGGCUGCAUUUCAAAGGGAUUGACAUUUUAUAUGACAGUAAAACUCACACGUACUCGUGUUUUCAACUCCUGUCUUGUGUUGCUGUGGGUUUGUGGUGGUCUCUUCACCGGUGUCCGGCAUGGUUCUGCACGGAUGUGGUUGCAUUCAGUUUGAAACAGGAAACACUCAGGUUCAUUUUCCUCUCUCAUUAGUCCUUCAUUCGUCUUUAAGCUAUCAGAAUGAAGACCGGUACCUCAAAAAAGGCUAAGGCAUGAUUGAAGUCCAAAACCAACAAGGAGUUGUCCUUGGCCUCGUUUCUUUGGCUUGUCUUGGUUGUGUUUAUGCUCUCUGUCUGUGCUGCAGAAAGAAAUCAAAUAUGCAACAAGAAGACAAUGACCUGUAUGACCAAGAUCCUUGCAUUCUAGAUGGUAAAGUUGACAACAGACAAUCUAACAGAGUGAUUAGACAAAACCACAGAGAGAUGCCUUCAACUUCAAGGCAAUCAACGGCAAACAUGCCUGCGAAUAGAGGUAACAUCCACUGGAGUUAUCAGAACCUCACAGAUGUAGAACAUGGCAUCUUGGAACCAACAUAUGUGGACCCAAUUCCAAAUCCCCUUUAUGCAAACAACGAUGAUGCAGAAACAUAUGAGAAUGUUUUUCCAACAAAAGACGUGCAACAUGACUCAGACAGCUGUAGUUAUGAAAACUUGAAAAAUGAAAGUGAGGAAGAAUCAGAAUACGUGAACGCACCAACGAGAAAAACAUUUGUACCCAAAUGAAAUGAGCUUGCAUCAGGUGCAGCCGUCUUACUGCACAGUCGACCCAACAGACCAGCCAUCUGUAACAGAGAGUUCACCCCUUCUGCCACUUUCAUAUGCGUGUAGCCAAUUUCCUGAAGAACCAAAUGUAUGAUUGCAGUGUGAAUAAAAUAAAGAUUGUUCUAUCUCAGAACCAU